CUUAAAAAUAAUAUGGGUAAAAGUUUGGAAGCACACAGAUUUGGAAUCUCUAAACCCUUAGUUUAAGUAUGCAAUCCUUUUGUUGAAGAAUCCGCCCUUCGAUGUCUCACAAGGCUCUAGACCCACGCUACCCAGUAGACGCCUGCACAUUCCAGCUCCAUUCAUGGAGACCUUUCCACCUCCAACAAACCCUAGACUCCUCCGAUCAUCAAUAUGCCCCACCAAAGCUUCCCUCAGCCAAUGGCUUCCAUCCCAAGCGUCCUUGCCUCUCCGAUCGCACCACUUCUUUCUCCAUUGACUUCUCCAAGCUAACACUUAUGGACGACGAUAACAACAACAACAACCCAAUCUCUACCAACCCCAAGAGAAGUAGCUUCAAGCUCUUCGCGAGAAAACGGCGCCGUCGUGGGUCGAGGUCGGUUUCGGGUCGGAGUUCCGAUCGGAGCGGUACUCGGAGGUGCUGUUCUGUGGGGGCUUCGGCGGCUUACGGUACGUGCUCGGAUUUUCCGGUGGCGGUGGGGACGGACUCCAGUGGGGAACUGUUCGGCAAUUUUGGGGACCCGAAUUGGGCCUCGGAUGUGAGCGAGGCCAGAAAUAACAGGAAAGAAAGAGGGGAUGGUGGGAGUGGAGAGAAGGAGAGUUUAGUUGGGCAAUUUGGGGGUUUUGAUGCUCAAGGGAAUGAAUCUGGGUAUGGGAGUGAGCCUGGAUAUCGUGGGGAUGUAGAGUUUGGUUACGGGGAUGAGGUUGAUGAAGAAGAAGAAGAAAAUCGCUUGUUGCUUUGGGGGGAUCACUUUGGAGAUACGCAUUUGAAAAUGGAGAUUAUUGGGGAAAACUCAUUCUCUGAUCAGAAAGCCCAUUAUAGAUGCCGUCGCAAGAAAAACGAUUGUAGGAUGGAUUAUUCCCUGAGGUAAUACAACAUGCUCCCCUAUAGAGUUAAUACUUGGUGAAAGGAUUUGUUGGCUUCUUCUGGAUUGCCACUUUACAGUGAUCAUAAUAUAUCAAUAAGCUUACAAGUUACAACUUACGACCUUGUGCUGUCAAAAAGAUUUCUCCCCAGUUUGAUGAGUCCUGUCAUUCUUAAGGGUAUCAGCAGAGAUGCUUUCAUGCAAUAACCUAUAAUUUAAGCAUGUGUAGAAGGUUUUGGAUGUGCAAAUUUAUUGUAAGAAAGCAGUGUAAAUUGUGGCAUUGAGAUUCAUGUUUUGGUGUCUAGUUUGUUCUUGGGUUGAAGUUGUGUCCUUUCUUGAAGUUUUGAUUUUGAGAAUGAAUUUGAUGUACAAUUAUUGUGAAUUGAAAUGAAAUAUUUGUAUUUAAAGCA